AUGCCUGCCCCCUCGCAGCUCACCAUUGCCACGAGCUCUGUUCUUCGCCUGUUGAAGGAGGAGAUCACCUACCACAAAGAGCUCGUCGACCAGGAAGCCAAGAUCAAGAUCCUGGAGGAGAAGAUCAACAGUGGAGCAGUCACAUCUGACGACAACCAAGAAUUCAUGCUCAAGCAGGAACGAACUGCGGCCGAGCAGACCAAGGCUGUGUUUGUACCCCUGAAGCAGAAGAUUGAGGAUGCCGUGACAAAGUUGGAGGAGCAGAUUGCGCUCAAAGAGGCAGAGGGGGGCCCCGAGGCGGAAAUCGAGCAGGCGAAGGCAGUGCUUGGACAGGCUAAAGCGGCCAUCAACUGA